UUACCUACUAGGAAAGCCUAGUAAGUUCUAAAAAUUUAUUGUUUUUGUUAAGUGGCAAUGAUAGUAUUAUUUUAAAUAAGGAAUAAAUAAUAAAGUACAUUAUGUUGUAUAUAAAGUACCAUUAAUAUGUUUCUUUUGUUUCAGGUAUGCAACAAGAUCUUCGGCAACGCGUCGGCGCUCGCCAAACACAAGUUGACGCACAGCGACGAACGCAAGUACGUCUGCAUCACGUGCGCAAAAGCGUUCAAGAGACAGGAUCAUCUCAACGGUCACAUGCUGACACAUCGUAAUAAAAAACCAUACGAGUGCAAGGCGGAUGGCUGCGGCAAGUCAUACUGCGACGCGCGGUCGCUGCGACGACAUACCGAGAACCAUCACCAACCGGCUGCAGCCACGCCUGAGACAAGUUCGCCAGCAUCAGCCGCCACUAGCGUCAUCACAAUUGCCGAGCGGGACGCGACGGCGCAGCGCGUCGGUUCGCCCAUAUCACCGGCGCGCUCACACCCGCCACAUUCCGAUUCAAGCAACGGGUCGGAGAAAUCUUCUGCGGUGUCAAGCGGCGCGGGCAGCGACUCCAGCCCGCCGUGCACGCCGCCCGCGCCCCCCACGCCCCCGGCGCGGCCCAAGCCGAAGGCUGCCAGCAAACCGAAGACCAGCACGACGCAGCAAGCCAGUCAGAAAAGCGGAAACGGUGCCAAUGGAAGCGGAGCGACGAGCGGAGCGGGCAGCGGGGCCGCUUCGAGCGCCGCGCGUGCCAGCGACGUCAAGCCGGUUGAGUGCAACCUCUGCCAUCGCAAGUUCAAAAACAUACCAGCGCUGAAUGGGCACAUGCGAUUACAUGGAGGAUACUUCAAAAAGGAUUCAGACAGCAAAAAGCUGGAUAAAAAAGAAUCAACAGGACCACCUCUACAAACAGCGUCGGUAUCCGUACGAGCGCUCAUAGAAGAAAAAAUCAUAAGCCGCAGAGGAGCCACAGCUGCCUCCACUCCAGCUACAGGCACCAGCACUGACACAGUAGUUUCCCGAUCAGGGUUCGUAGCACCGGCCCCGCCACCUCUGUCCACCAUACGAACCUCCAUAGUGUCACCUGCUUCGCCGGUCGCGACUUCAUCACAUUUUGUGUCGCCACGAGCACCGCCCGUUGUGACCGUCGCAACUAAUGCUGCAACAAACAUCUGUACAGCGCAAAGAGAUUCUACUCUCAUUGAAUUAUUAAAGAAAGGAAACACAAAGGCUGUAAAGCGAUCAGCGUCAGAUCCCGGCCAAUCGUCACCGCAACAGGAUUUCACAUUCAGACCAGAACUGUUUGGAGUCUCAUUCAAUUCUGAUGAUGGUUACUUUUCACCAGCGCUAAAUGAAGACACGUUUCAAUUCACUACAACACCCGAACAAUUGGAGGAGCUAGCUUCUUUAGAAGACUAUGCGACGGUAGCAGCAUCUAUUAGGGAACGAUCGCCUGUAACCUUCCCUUCAAAUAGACGACUCGCAGCGGUGUUAAAUUCACCACUACCAGAAUCUUUGGCAGAUUUUGGUGCCUGUCAUGGUGGUUCGCCGGUUCCUUCACCGGGAAUUGGAUAUACAGCGAAUUCACCCGGAUUGUCGUACUCCACGGGUGACUCACCCGGGUUGGGAUUCACAGCCACUUCACCUAGCAGCUACUCAAACCAAGCACAGCCGUCUCCGGGGAUCGCUUACCCAACACCUCCUGCUUCCCACGACGCUCAUUCGCCUGCCCACACAGUACCGCGUGCGUCUUCACCGCUAUCCGCAGCCUUCUUCACGGCCACGAUGUCUAGUCAGGAAGAGGUGGAAGAAGCUUUGGAAGAAGUACUGCCGGAAGAGUGCAGAUCUUUAGAUGCAUAUUCUCUAGAACCUUUGCCACCACCGCGGCGAAUCAUGCUAAAUUCUGAAGAUCCAUUGCUUUCGAGCAGUCCUCGCGACUUCUCACAUCAACGGCCUUUCCGACGACAAAGCCGGAUGCCAACCACAAGUGUGUCCCAUUUGCAACAAUGGCAGCAUGAAUCACUUCAAGUUUGCGUGGAAGGCCGUGACACAGUACCGGCUGUAUUUUUGAGCCCGAGCAGCGUGCCAGCUUCUCCGCAGAGGCGCAAGCGCCGCGCGUCACCGGCGGGACCAUACCACUCGCGCAUGCGACGAACUACCACCCAUUAUACUCCUCGACCAAUAUUACCUCCAGAUCGCGAAGGAUCGGGGUUGCUUAUAGAACUUACUACAGGAAUGACAGCUACGGAAACGGAUGUGCUGGCACAGCUGGAUGAACCCCGUCACGCACAGAUCAACAUCGGACGCGACUUCCAAGCGGACUUGCCGGAGCUUUGCAAUGAUCGUAUAGAUCUACAUCGUGUAUCGGAACAGCUUCUAUGGGACCCCGGCAUCAAUGAUGCUCUAGAUGACAAUGAAGUGCGAAUGUUCAUGGAGCUAGCCAUGUGCGCGGCGAUGCCAGUGGGCGGGCACACGCGGGAGUUCGCCCUGCAGACGCUGGGCGAGUGUGGCGGGGACAUCCGCGCGGCCACGCUGCGUCUCAUGUCGCGCCCCGCGGCGCCCGCGCAGCACGAGUCGCGCUGGGCACCCGACGAGGUCGAAGCCUUCUUAGCUGGACUGGGCCAUUACGAUAAGGACUUUUAUAGAAUUUCGCAGCUGGUAAGAACAAAAGACUCGAAACAAUGUGUACAAUUCUACUACUUCUGGAAGAAAUUAACCAAAGAUUACAAAACGUUGUACUUACGAAGCUGGACGGUGGAGCAGCCAGUAUCAACACAAGGUUCUGUAGGGCAGUUUACCGCGCCCGCCGCCUCGACCAGCUCCUCGCCGUCGUCUCUAGAAACCGAGGAGUUCCCCUGCAAGAUAUGCGGGAAAGUAUUUAACAAAGUUAAAAGUCGUAGCGCGCACAUGAAGUCGCACCGGCCACUCGACGCCGAGCCAAAACGGCCUAAACUCGAAAAGCCUUAUGAAAAGGUCGAAAGAUCCGAUGACAGAUCCCACGCGACAGCUGAAUACCAAAGCAAACCGCCCGCACAGUAACCGAUUCCUUGCUCAGUCAUUCCGCCCGCGCGCCCCGCGCCCCGCGCCCCCCGCGCCGACACUAAUGCCCGCUCCGUAACACAGUACCUAGGUGCACCGCACUAUGAGUGGCUCGCUCGGACUCGAACUAAAUGCUAAAAUAUACUUCUAAGCAUUUAUUAAGAAAAUAGAUAUUUUAGAUUAAAUUAAAAGUGACCUAGAAAGAGCGAUGUAGAAACUAGUAGCUAGAGAAGAGUUAGCUUCAAACGAUUACCUAUAAAUGAUAAAUUAAAUAAUUCGAAAUUCUUAUAAUGCUAAGCUUGGAGAGAGCGCAUAAAGAUAUUUUGUAUAACGAUUGAUAAAUAAAUAGGUAGCUCUUCGUAAAGUUUUUAUAUGACAGACUUCUUAAUGUGACUUGCAAGUGUGAUUUGUAAAUAAUGUUAGUGAGCGAGUAGUUCGCGGCUAGCCCGCGGUCUGGCGAGGCGAGCUCUACGAGACCUACUGAUCUACGUAGUAUGACAACUAUAUUAUACGUGAUAAUAUAAAUGUGUAGUAACUACACUUCCUCGUUUCUAUUCGAUUGUUUGGUACUAUCGUGAGCGCAGCUCGGUACUACAUUUGCUUGUUUGCUCAUUACCUUGUUGAUUUUGUAGUUAUUUAUUCAUCUCAUUAAUUUCUAGUCGUAUUAGACAAAUUUAUGUUGGAUGCAGUCUGGAUUUCAGUCGUUGCUCUGUUGUAGUUAGUAUAGUUAUUAUAGACUACGGAACUCAAUUCUGCCGUACCUACUAGUUACAUAUCGAUGUUAAUUCAUUGCACUUUAGAAAAAAUAUUCACACGUUUAGAUUUGUUCCCGUGAGUGCGGGUCUUGUCAAGUGGAAACCAAAACUGAUUGAUACUUUAAAUUGAUCGUAACAAAACAAUGAAUUGAUAUCCGUCACUUAGAUGUAAAUUUUAUAUUAUUACAAUUACCUAUUCCACUUGAUUCCGAUACAUUCACGGAACGCUAAAAUGGAGGGAUAAUAUUUUUUUACACAAAUAUUAUUGAAUGCUCAAAUGUUCUAUAUUUUAUGUUGGUAAUAUUAUUAUCUUGUUCCUUGUUGAUCGUUCUAUAUGCCAUUAUUUAAUACUUGAAAAUGUAUAGUUAAUUUAUUUAAAUGUGAACAUUUUUUCUAUGAAAAUGUAUCUAAUGUAAACUACGUGUACCUCCGUGUUGUGAUAUAAUAUGUAUGAGUGGUUAUUGUUUCAACGUAUUCUGUCUGUUGUUUGAGGGCACAAGCCGAGCAAUAAUCAUGUUGCUCAAUUGUAAUCGCGUGUCUCAGGAAGCCAGGCCAGCCUGGUGACCCUGGCCACGCCUGGCACGCGGCACCUAGCGCUCUCAAAGUGACAACAACUCAUUUCUCGAGUAACAAAUAAUUCGUGGUUGUGAUGUUUCUUAGUCUACUCUUUUAUUGUCUUCCGAUACUCUAACUUAAUUAAUUUUGGGGCAGAAUUCCUCGUAAAAGACAUGUUAUAACAAUUAACCUUGAAUUUUAUUUAAACUUGUUAUUAACAAACUCUUCUUUAGAUUAAAGUUUAACAAUAUCUAUGGAAAGCGUGCGACGCGCCCAGUAUUAUGAAAGUAGCUCGAAGUAAAUAUAUUUAUGAGAGAGUUAUCGUAGAACUACGUCAGCGGCGGACCGCACUGCCGGCCGAAGCGAAGGGUAAUAUCGUAAAUUAAAUUUAAAAAAACUGCCGUUAAAUAAUAGAUAAAUAAUCGGUAAGUAGUUAAUAAUAAAAGCCCGGUGGCCGCGGCUGCGGUGCGGUGCGACGCCGGCUCUUGACCGUACAACGCUUAGAGAUGUAUUAUUUUUUUAACAACUUCUGGAGAUGUCUAUUAUAUUCGUUUUCCUUCCACGAGUACCUGAACAGACUUCUGCAUAAACUACGAAAAAAAUACAAAUUAUUUCUAAUUCACUCUCGACGUGUCGCGGUUCUAGUUCAUAAUAUUAUAAUGCCGUGACGCAUCUAAGUAUUUGUACAUCACUAACUUGUGUGAUUAUUUGGUUGUGUUAUCUUAACAAUUUAGACGAAAUUUUCUAUAUGAAAUGUUAGUUCUAUACUCUCUGAAUCGAUAUGCCAAUAUUCUGCCAAAUUGCAAAUUGUAAAUUAUAAAAAUAGUUAAUAUACUUACGCCAUAAUUAAAACGAAAUAAUUUUAGUCAAAAAUUAGGAAAUUUAGAACACGACUUGAUAGAUUAGGCGAGGUUAAUACUGAAACUCUACGAGUAAGGUUUGAGUCAUACAAUGCUUUGCUCAUACAACUACGAAACAACGUGCUACUUAUGUUUAAAAUAAAAUUAAAUAAAAAUAUCUCAAUUAUUGAAAAUUAGACUAUCGAAUAGGCCGACUAAUUAUCACAUUAUUUUCUUGACAUUCAGAGCGUAAAAACAGAGUUAUUUUCUUAGAAAAAAAAAACUAAAAUUAAGUCUUACAAAACUAUCGUGUAAAUACUGAAUAUUUUUUCAAAAUAAACUUACGGUACCGGAGAUAGUUCUACGUCGUAAUACGAUUUAUUAAAGACAAGUCCCUCCAGAGAUAUUUUUUAACAAUACUCUUAGCUAUUAAGACUGAAAGGUUCUCUCAAAAUUCACUAAAUCUUGUUUAAUUUCACUUUAAUGUAGAUAACUAUCGUUCCUUUUCAUUAUUUAUUAACUGUUAGUAGUAUAAUUGUGGUGUCACUAACCCAUUCCAUGUGCCCAGUCAUACUAGUCAGGGUAUAGCUUUAUAUGAUACCCGUAAUAAUUUAACCACUGUAUCCUAGCGACGUCGAUGUUUUGUAGGCCAGUAGAGAUCACUAGGUAAUACCCGCUGUAUUCUGUACGAAUGUGCACUCAAAAGCUAUGUAUUAAAUCUAUUACAUAAGAUUGACGAUUUAAACAAAACUUACGCAACUUGAAUAUAGAAGUGCCUUACAAUUUUAAUUUUUAUACUAUUUUCUUAAUUUAUUAUCGUUUUAAAUAUCGAAAAGCACUGGAAAUUGCAUUUAUUGAUCCACCGUCCGUUCUGCCUGCCAGAACCGAUGUGCGGAUCACACUCUAAUGUUUUCUUUUAUGUUAUUGUUAUUUUUUUUGUUUCUUAAAAUAAAAUAUACUUAGAAAAUAAAAUUAGAGGUUUAAUAAAAACCAAAAAGACGUUAUUUUUUCAAGUUUUUCUUUAAAAUUAGGAACGUCUAUAGUAUUUAAAUAUCAUAAAAUAUUCAUCAACGACAUUAUCAAAUAACAACAACAAUAAAAGGUCAAUUGUAUGAAGAGUCUAAAGUAAACAUAAUUUGAAGAAUCAUUUUACCGAAUAACGUAAUAUUAAUACCAAAUCAUGAAUGAAUACAGCACUAAAUAAUGAUACGACAUUUUAUAAGUACACGUUUAAGUUGGCAUAAAUGUUGUAAGUGUACCCAAGUCUUGUUUGUACUCCGUAGUCCUGGCACAUAGUGUAAAUGUAAGUACUUAUGUAUUUGUGUCUACACAUAAAAUGUUACUAUAGUAUUAAUAUUUUGUAAGUCUAAAUGGAUAUUAUAUUCUUCUAAUUUUGUAUCAAGAGUGUGAGUCGUGCGGUGCGGCGAGGCGAGGUGCGCACGCGCCGCCCCCUCCUCUUCGGUGUACUACGUACCUAAUACGUACUAACUUGUAAUAUAACUGUAGAAGAUUAAAUGUACAUGUGCCAAACGCACGAUAAUUGAUAUUACACUCUGUGUUGUGAUUUUGAACGUUCUGUAAAUUACAAAAGUCUUUGAAAAUAUAAAUGAAAAAAAAUGUAGACACCUUUCUAGAUUAGCACAAUUCUUCGCGUAGACACAUUAGGCCAAAGUUUAAUAAGCAUUUAGAUUAAACGAUGACGUAGAUAAUCAUUGACGAUGUAAGUGUAUUGUAUGAAUAGAUUCAUUGUUAUAUUCGAUCAAUGUGAUUCGUAAGAACAACGACUUACCCACAAAUGAUACCCCCUCCCCCGCUGGGCGGCUCUUCAUAACUUGGCAUAUCUCUUAAACAAUAAAUAGUAAAAAAAAUAAUCUCUAUGAUAUAUAUUGAUAAAUUUAUUAGGGUAACUAAUUUUUUAAGACAAUGACUAUUACGUGAUCUUUUAGAUUGUCUUUAUUAAUAAAUAUAUGGUGAAGGUUUUGUCAA